AUGUCCAUCGACAUUGCAGCAGGUAUGAAAUAUCUACAUAACAGUCCAGUCAAACUUCAUGGUAACCUCGCCUCAUGGAACUGUAUGAUUGACAGCCACUGGGUGGUGAGCAUUACAGACUGGGGACUGCAUGAUUUUAAGGAAGGCGAGGAUAAGGUGGACUGUGAUGUAACAAAGAUGUAUGCAGAUCUGUUAUGGACAGCACCAGAACACAUAAAUCUAAGCAAGGUGGAGAGAGAAGGCUUGUCACAGAAAGCUGACGUCUACAGUUAUGGAAUUAUCUUACAGGAAAUUGCUACUCGCUCAAAACCCUUCAUUGAUUGUCCUCUUGGACCUAAAGAAAUUAUCCAUCGUAUCAUGGGGCAUGACGACCCUCCAUUCCGCCCAGACCUGACCUCGGUGGAAGUGAGGCCCGAGUUCGUUGAUUUGAUGGUCGACUGUUGGAGUGAUGAUCCCGAAGAAAGGCCGCAUUUUUUUCGCAUCGUAGAUCGCCUCAAGAAGAUUAGCGGCAGGGGAUCAAACAUUGCAGAAAAUAUGGUGUCUAUGAUGGAAAAGCACGCCAAUCACUUGGAGCGACUUGUGGACGAGCGAACAAGACAACUAAACGAAGAGAAAGAACGAACCGAGAAGCUGCUUAAUCGUCUUCUUCCACCGAUGGUCGCCGAACAAUUGAAGACACGCAGCUCAGUCCAAGCUCAGGAGUUUGAAGAAGUCACCAUAUUCUUUAGUGACGUUGUGGGAUUCACUAAGCUGGCGUCUCUCAGCAAACCACUAGAGAUUGUAGAUUUCCUGAACGAUCUCAACGUCGCUUUUGACGAGAUAAUCACACGAUUUGACGUUUACAAGGUCGAGACUGUCGGUGAUGCAUACGUCGUGGUUAGCGGAUGUCCCAAGUUGAACGGCAACAAACACGCUGGAGAGAUCGCGAGCAUGGCUUUGGAGCUUCUAAGUCACAUGUUUUUCUUUCGUGUCCGUCAUCUUCCAGAUCAUCAGCUUCAACUCAGAAUUGGAAUACACACAGGUCCUGUUGUUGCUGGUGUAGUUGGCGUCACAAUGCCCCGUUUUUGUCUGUACGGCCAUACUGUUCAUAUCGCAUCCAAGAUGGAGAGCAGUGGCUUUCCUCAUCGUAUCCACGUCAGCCGAGAGUCCCGCGCCAAAUUGGUGGAGCUUGGAGGCUAUCAUCUCCAGGAGAAAGGCCAGGCACAGAUUAAGAGACUGGGUCUAGUCACAACAUAUUGGCUGAUAGGGAAGGAGGGUUUUGACAAACCCCUGCCCGACCCCCCUGAGGAGAUAUCUGAGCCACUCUUUGAGACUUUAGACGUAUAUUAUGCAAGCUAA